UUCGCUUAGGCUGAGGUUCCGGCAUAUACUUAGGCGCCAAUAUUUACGAUUCAGCGUACAUCCCACCUGACCCGUCAGUUUAGUGUGCAAGUGAUGCGCUGCUUCGUGGUUCUCUGUGCGAUAACAGCGGUGCUAGGAACAACCUACCCGUCGCUCCACGAGCAGUGGGCGCAAUGGAAAGAGAAGCACGGGAAAGUCUACGGGGACGAGGCUAGCGAGAGCGCGCGACGCUCCACGUGGCAGAGGAACUACGAACUGGUGGCGAGGCACAACAGGGACACCGACAAACACGGAUUCAAGCUUGCUUUGAACCAGUUUGCAGAUCAGAGCAAUGAAGAGUUUUCGAAGAAGUAUCUGUCAUCAUUUCCCAUGUCAUGGACUGGUCAUCACCAGUCUACUUCCGUGGAUUUUGAUGGCACUCCGGUUAGUGAGCAGCCUUCGAGACUUGACUGGAGGAAACUGGGCUAUGUGACUCCCGUGAAAGACCAGGGAGACUGUGGGUCAUGCUGGGCCUUCAGUGCAACAGGAGCUCUGGAAGGCCAGCACUUUAGGAGGAAGGAGUCGCUUGUAUCUCUGAGUGAGCAGCAACUCAUGGACUGCUCGUGGCCGUACGACAACUACGGCUGUGAUGGAGGGAAAGUUGGCCGUGCGUUUGACUACGUUGGCAACAAUGGACUCUGUGCCGAGAAGGACUACUGUUACCUCUCAUAUGUGUGGAAGUGCAUGGACAGUUACUGCACCAACAAAGUGAACAGCACGGGAUAUGUGAGGGUCCAGUCAGGCAACGAGACAGCUCUCUUGGGAACACUGGCCAGAGUUGGUCCAGUCAGUAUGGCCAUUGAUGCGUCGGGGUACCAGUUCCAGUUUUACUCCGAGGGAAUCUACUCCAGCACCCAGUGUGACUCCACCCACCUCAACCACGCCAUGCUGGCAGUCGGCUACAGCUCUUACUACGGCGACAAGUACUGGAUCGUUAAAAACAGCUGGGGUGAGAAGUGGGGACGAGAAGGCUAUAUUCGGGUUGCGAGAGACGGGGGGAACAUGUGUGGAAUAGCUACCGCUGCUCUAUACCCUGUUCUCGGAUGAAGGACCACCGUUUUAUUGUUCACCA